CUUUGUUGUAACUUUUUGUGUUUUGUUAUUUUGACAAAAUGAUCCCAAACCAUGCGAAAGUAAUACGGCAUAUUGCACAAGCUACUCACUAAUUGUGGUUGUAAGAAUGUUCUUUUUUUCACGGAUUGCCAGGUCUAAAUCUUUCCCAAAUAUCACUGCACGAAAGUAUUAUUCAUCCAUCGUAAGACGUUUCAUAGCAGAUGCACUCACUGGUUAUGAGGAGACUGUAUUCAUACCGUUACGUUGUACAAGUUGGCAUUUAGGUGAUAAAUUUUCGAAAGCACGCAUUACUACAGUCCAGUAUCUAAAAGACGAAUUUGGAAGGAGACGAGAGCCAUCGUCUGUUAAUAAAAACGAUAUAAAAAGAGGAAAAGUGAAGACCCAUUUAAUACCAUUCAGUUCUAUGUUUCACAAUGGGUUUCAUGCACUUGAAUGUUUCAAUAACGGAACCUCAAUUACAAUUGAAGACAACAUGCAAGUUGAGAAAGCUAAUUAUAACAGAUAUUUACUUCAGUAUGACUUAGACGCUUUUGUGACUGGGUUUCUUUGUGAGAAAGACCAUCAUGAGGAGUGUUUAAAGAAGAUCCUCACCAUAGAUAAUGAGACAGAAAUAAGUGUUAUCAUGGCCAAUCAUCUCUUUUCUAGACUUACAGCACCAAGGGUUGGGACAACAUACAACGUAACAAAUGAUACAAAGGGAAAACCUGUACAUGUAUACUGUAAUUGCUCCAAGAAGUGUGGAGAGGAAAUUUUGUACGGCAAUACUGGAUUUGGUAGUGAGUUGCUAUGGUAUGGCAAACCUGACAUUAUGGUGUUCCCAAUAGGAGGAGUAAACUGUAGCAUUAUAAUACCACCAAAACCAAAGGAUGAGUCAGCAGACUAUGAAUAUCCAAGCGGGCCAAAUAUGUCUAAACAUAAACACAAUAUGGAUUUUAAUCCUGAUGAUUUAACUUUAAGAGAAAAGUAUAACAAAUCUCAAAUCAUUGCCACUGCUAUUACUUCCUCUAUGUAUCAGAAGAAAUGUCAACAAGAAAAGGGGGGUUUGUUUACAAAUGUGUCAUUAUUACCACUGAUUGCAGCCAAUGGAACUUCAUUUGAUAUAUAUCUUUAUGAUUCUGAACGAGAUAUUCUUUUAAGAAACAGUGGCCUACCAAUACCUUUGUGGGAUGGACCUUUCAACAAACCACCGUUGUAUAGACUAAAUAUGUCAUCUGUUCUUAAACUUUGGAUGACAAUUAAUCAUGCAUCAAUUCAGCCUUCAUUAUCAUUGGAAGAUAACCAGUUGUUAUCAGGAACAUGUGACUUUAAAGGGAGACUACCUAAAGAUGUUUUAAAAAAUAUAGAGUCUACUUUAGAAAUGAAGGAUAAGUUCCAACCAAUGGAAGAGCAGGAAUUUGAAUUUGACUUCAUGAAUUUAAAUGUUAGCCCACCAAAAAAGUCAUUGCCAGUUGAGUGCUUAUGAAUGUAAUACAAAUCAAUUUUUUAUACAAAAAGACAAGAUUAUAAUUGAACAAUCUUUAUUUGACUAAAUGAACUUUAAGACAAUUAAAAGACAGACACCAACAUCUGUGCUAAGUCAGAGUUAUGAAGACUACUUUUUGAAUGUAUACAAAAAACUUGAUGAUUAUUUUAUUUGAUAUUUAUUGGACUCUUGAGAUUUAUAUAUAUACCCUGACCACUUCAAUGCAAUAAGUCUAAAUUUGUAUAAAAAUUAUCUAUAUGUAAAAUUAUUGCAAUUUGAAUGUUCCUCUGUUUGAUAAAUAUUUGAAACAAAGAUAAG